UAUGUCAAUUUAAGACUCAGACUGCGUUUUUAGUGUGUGGCUGACAGUAGCAGAGAACUCCAGCGUGCCUGCCUACAUCCAGCAGAAACCCCCGGUGUUGGAUUUUUGCUCGUUAUCUGAUCGGAUGAGGCGCUUACUGGGACGCGCGUCUACCUGUGCACGCUGAAUUUGAUCUUUGUAGCCCUUUUGGAUAUUUCUGCCCCUCUAAAAAGGAAAACGCACACUUCUCAGUCCUAUUUCGAGGUACCUUCGCUUUCGAAGUGAGGCAAAAAAACAAACUUUCCAGGAGCCCUGACAACUUUGGUCUAAAUUUUGGCGAGUUCUUGUGCACAGAAGCGUUUCGAUUUCACCACAGGAAACAUGUUCGGCAAAAGCUCCGUUAUGUUGCUGAGUCUCCUCGUUCUGGUGCGUGCGCUCCUGGCUCACGAGUGCACGCCAUGUAACCUCCGGACAUGUCCAGUCAAAGUCGCGCAAGGCUGCGAGGGUGGCCGGAGCGUGGCCAGGGAUCCAUGCGGGUGCUGCGACCACUGCACGCGGCUGGAGUGGGAGCCCUGCGGCGGCCAGGACUGGACGCACGGCUACUGCGCCCUGGGACUAACCUGCGCCUCUAUCAACAGCACCGGAGCGGCCACUAUGCCUGAAAUUGGAGUGUGUAAACUUCUUCCUGAACACCCAGAUGCAGGCCUUGAGGAUGAGCGCUGUCCUCUAAUAAGGGGCUGCGACAAAGCGGGAGCUGAAUGUGUGUGUGAUGCUCGUUACUCCUGCUUGGGAACUUUUACCUACCCAGACCAAGAGACCUGCAUGAAGGCCAGCAAGUCAGAGGGUCGAAGGCACGAGCACAGGGAGAGACACAAAGAGAAAUAUGUGGGACCGUCUAAUCCGACGUGCAUGUUCUCUGGGUGCAACCUGACCGCUGACGGGUGCGUGUGUGAGUCUCAGAGCUGCCAUCACCACUUCGCCUACAUCAACCGGAGCCAGUGCCAGGAAGCAGCAGAGGAGCUCAGGUGUGCCGGGGUGACAUGUCCUGCCCUGCAGGUGCCCUCUUGCCCCAAAGGGUCAGUCUUGACCAAGAGCUACACGCCCCCUGCAGGGUGCUGCCCCUCCAUGCCGCCCCAGUGCACAUGCGAUUUCCGUGCCUGCAACAAAACCCACUGUCCAAGCGGCCAGCACGCUGUUCUGAUCAGUCAGGCUAGCGGUCGGCCAGGAGACUGCUGUGACAUAUUUGAGUGCCAGAAAGUCUCUCCAAAUUGCGUCUUCAAUGGCAAAAAGUUCUCAGAGGGAGAGGUGUACCGCAUGGACCCCUGCUGGCUGUGUCAGUGCCGCGGAGGAAUCUCCUUCUGCUCCAAAGCCGAGUGUGGUGAGCUGGACUGUGAAAAGUUCUACAUUCCAGAGGGCGAGUGCUGCCCCGUUUGCAUAGAUGUUGAGUUGAUGUCGAUGGACAGCACUAAGGCUAGCUGCUGGGUGAAUAACAAACUCCGAACCCACGAGGAACAGUGGAAAGAAGACGACUGCACAUUCUGUCAGUGUGUGGAUGGGGAUCCACACUGUACAGCCAUGGCCUGCAAACAGAGUUGCCAGAACCCUGUAAAGAUCCCUGGAGAGUGCUGUCCCUUCUGCGAAGAGCCAUCCUAUGAAACAGUUAGCCCUUUGCUGUGUCCACCAUUGGAAAAUUGCUCCCUUUCAGGGAAUGAAUGCCCCUAUGGCUUCCAACAGGACCACAAUGGGUGCCUCCUCUGCCAGUGUCUCAACAAUGACUCCUGUCCUGACUUGGGAAAGUACUGUCCUCUGCAAUGUCCGACGGGAUAUGAGAAGGAUGAUUUGGGCUGCGAGGUGUGUGAGUGCAGCAUCCCCACUCCCAAGUGCCGAACCCUGACCUGCACAAAGACCUGCCCUUAUGGAUAUGUGAGGAACAAACAUGGCUGUGAAAUGUGUCGUUGUGUGAAAUGUCCUCCCUUGACCUGCGACAAGUACUGUAGCAAUGGCUAUCGACAGAACAGGAAGGGCUGCAACAUCUGCAUGUGCAAAGAAAUUGACCAAGUUCCAAGCACAACCGUCCCAGCCAGCAUGCCCAGCUUCUGCCUCACCUCCAAUGGCCGCAGGUAUGAGGAGGGUGACAGCUGGCACGACGGCUGCCGUGACUGCUUCUGCCUCUCUGGGCGGGAGAUGUGUGUCCUCAUAUCAUGCCCCAUGCCCAGCUGCUCUCAACCUGUUGUCAAGUCUGACCAAUGCUGUCCUACAUGUGAAGAUGAGUCCGGCAGUGGCCAGCCUGAGGGGAUGGACAUGGUGGUGUGCAGAGCACCUGGAGGGGAAUUUUAUGUGGAGGGGGAAACUUGGAACCUGGACGAGUGCACGCGCUGCACCUGCAGGAAGGGACGCGUCCUGUGCGACACGGAAGUUUGUCCCCCAGCGCUUUGCCAGACACCCAUCAGAAACAAGGACACCUGUUGCCAUAUGUGCCCAGAAGAGACAGAGAGCAACUUGCUGCCAGUGAACGGCAGCCAACAGGAGUUCUGCAUAACCGCCGAAGGAGACAUGCUGCAAGCCGGGGACUCCUGGAAGGCCAACGCCUGCACGAGCUGCACGUGCAACAACGGCACUAUUCAGUGUUUCUCCCAACACUGUCCGGCAGCCAGCUGCAGGGUGCCGGUUUUACUCAAGGGCCAGUGCUGCCCACAUUGUCUCGAAUCAACAACAUCAGCAUCAGUGACUGUAUCCACCCGCACACCACAAGAAGUGGUCACCACCAGCACAUGGCAGAGUGAAUCUUGGAUUACAACUGUGACCGUCCCACCUGUCACCGCUGACACAGACCAGCCACGUUUGGGUGAGAACUACCCCAGCCAUACAGAGAUGGCUCUUGCUUACCAAUCAGCUGCAUGGAUCCUUGCAGGACUCCUUUUGGCCAUCAUUAUCUUUCUCAUUGUGGCAUUACUCAUCAACAAGAAAAAGAAGUGGGUGCAGAUGUCCUGCUACAGCGCACCAAAGAAGACGGUCAUCCUGAAGAAACACGUGAACAAGAAUUCAGUCGUCUACAUGGAGCCCUCCAAGGAGAAUAAGUUUCAGAAUAUGAAGACUGACUGCGGCAUCAUCCACUUCUCUCCAGAGAUGAGCUCGCCUCCCUGCACGGAGAAGAUGACCAUUCCCAGGGCCAAACUGAGCAUGGGCAGUGACUGGACGCCACGCUAAAAAGAAAUUUAUAACAGCAACUGAGGCAAAAGAAAUCCCCAUACUGCUCAGUUUUUCCCAGUUUUUCUUUUGUAUGAGAGAUAAACUCAGCAAGAAGCAUAUGACCAAUGCUGUUUUUUUUCAUCAUUCGCCGAUUAUCUUCGUAGUUUGGACGUUCGGAUGAGCGACAAACUUAUAUUGGCGAUGGACUAGUGGAUGUAUUAAGAAUACAGCCAGUCUGGGUGGCAAGGAGGAUCCAGAGAGACUCAUCUGCCAGAAUCAAACUCCUGUACUGUAAAACACUUGCUUCUUACUGUUUCGUUUGAAACUGGAACUUUUGCAGAUGAAGGAGGAAGAGAAAAAGCUUUAGGACAGGGGUUUGGGCUGUGGCAUAAAGGGAACAUUUAGAAUGCUAACCCCCAUCCCCCACAAAGUGCAGCAGUGCAUCGUGGAUGUAACCAUCGUUAGCAGGCCAGACUCAAACCCCUGCAUUAGAAUGUGUGGUUUUCAUUUUAGUUAUUGUAUAUUUUUACAGGAUUUGUAUCAUAUGUGGUCUUGUUUCUGUUUUGUUUCUUACUUUAGAGCCAUUUUAAAGUUAUGUUUAUGCUAUUUGGAACAUUCCCACACACUUCACAAAUAACAGCUUUGUCUAACUUCAAAUGAGUGGAGCCAUUCCUUUUUCAAAGAAACCCGGUUAAAGCAGCUGCAGUGCCUUGCUCAAGCAUUCAUAUCCCUUGAACACAUUUUGUCACAUUACAAUCUGAAAAUUCAAUGCAUUUUACCAGUAUUUUCUGUGACUGACCAACACAAAGCAUAAGGAAUUCUGAAGGGAAAGGAAAUGUGAUUUUCAGAAUUUUCUUUACAAAUAAAAAUCUGAAAGGUUUUGAUUUCAGACAGCUGCAUGUCUUUUGGAGCAUCACCAAAUAAAGACUAAAAUUUUUGCCAAUUGUAUUUUGCAAAGAAGCUCUUACGCUAUCAAAUUGCAUAGGGGAGCCAAUUGGAUUCUGAUCCCAUUGCUGCUACCACUUCGUUUCACAGUAGGGAUCCAUCAUACAUGAAAUUUCACUUGGCCAAAAGAUUACAUUUCAGUCUCACGUGAUUUUUCCAUCUGCUUGCUGCAUGACUCAUCAAUAAAUAUGAGAUUUAUUGGAGUUCACGACUAAAGUCUGUCCUGCCAAAACAAUUAUCCACGUUUGUGGCUCACUGAACCUAUUUAUAGACCAGGUUAAAUGUACAAGUACAACACACCUUUCAGAAUUUUAUUCAUAAAUAAAAUGAAAAUGAUGUUUCCUUUUGCUUCCACAGUUGUUUUCUUUUUCUUGUUGGUCCAACACAUACAAUCCAGAAGAAACAUUGAAAUGUAUGGCUUCAGUUUGAGUCAAUGUGAAAAAAUUCAAGGGUAUUAACUUUUGUGCAGACACUGGAGGUGAACCGAGUCUGAAACGUACCUUCCAGUCAUCUUCUUUCAGCCAGAACUCUGCAACUCAUUUGAAAGCUAUUAGAGGUGAACCAGGCUGAUUGAUGUUCCUUCAGGUUGUGUCAGGUUAUGACCAAGCCAAGUUAAAAAAACAAAAAAUGGAUCGGCAAGGAAUGUCCUUAACACUUCUUUCACUUAAUUGCGGCAGAGUUGCUGUUUAUACAUGUCAGCAAUUUGCUUGGGAUUAUUAUUUAUAGAGCCUUAAUUCUACAGCCUUAGUGUUUUUUUUUUUUUUUACACACAUUACUUUGGUUUUAACUUUUAGCUAGUGUCAAAAAAAAAGUAGUAUACACAAGGAUAAAGAGUUCUGGAUCUUCCACUGUUUAUAUUCAGAGGAAUAAUGUGAAGUGUUGUCAUUAUCGGAGUUGAGAAUGUGUAGGUGUUGAUAUGUAAAAUUUCUGUGUUUUAAAGACACAUCACUCUCUUCAGAGCCAGCGAGGAAAAACAAAAAUAUCACCGUUCAGAAUUCCUGAAGGAAUAAAAGUCCUAAUCAGGAACUUUUUAGGUAACCAGAGAUGCUGAACCACUGGGGGUGAAGGUUCUGGACCCGCUUGGUCCGCACAAAGGACAGAUUCCGAGAAGCAUUGCAAAACAGUCUAGUUUUUGGAUCGGAGUUGUCUCUUCUUUGCCAAUAUCCCAAUUCUGAAAUGGUUCCAAUGCCAAAAUAGGUCAGUUUAUUCUGAAGUGUUUGCAGUACGCGUGUCUGUUUGAAUUAUAAGCUUUAAAACGAAGAAGCGGACCGUAAAAGCUUACACGUAAAAAGCUCUGUCCUAAGUGUAAAAACGUAAAUACGUAGACGUAAGAGAACCUUAUUUAUUUUUUGACAUAGCUUUAUUUAUUAAUACUAAAGUAUAGUUUGAGAUUUUUUUUCUUUAUUGAAAAUAGCUUUAAGUAGCUAAAUGUAAUGUACAUUGUAGACCGUUUAUCAUUUCUCUUUGCUAUAUUCUCUACCUUAUUUAUUUCAGUGCUGCAAAUCUUGUAAAUAUGUUUCUAGAUUAGAAACUGUAACAUUUAUGCUUUUUAUUU